CCCUGGAAAACCGCGAGGAGCUGUCUCGAUUACGCGUGGUGCUGAAAGUGCAACUUACCGCAUCAUGUGGUCGGUCUUCUUUGUCUUUCUGUCUUAUCUGGACAGAAACUUUGUCAAAGGCGACUUCCUGAACCGCGCUUUGGAUGCAGAAAAGGAGAGCAAAGAAAUGUUCUCCAUGCUCAAUGGUACCUUAUGCGCAAAAAUGUCAACCGUGAGGGAGAAUUUCCUCUACCAGGUGUCAGAUGGAGCUGAAGCUGUUCGCUCCUUCGUCAGCCCCGCCGGGAAGCUUGUGAACUGCUCCAUCAUAGUGAACCCGGUGCAGGUGAAAUCCUUCAUGCAUGAGUGCUGGAUGGGACUGAAAGAGCAGAGGGCCGUGCAACGAAUGGAAACGCGUUUUACGCACAUGGAGGAAGCCAAGAUGAUGUGCAAGGAGUUUAAAGAAAAGUCGGAAGGCAGCGGCAGGUUGGGGAAGGAUGAAAGUGAUGACUCGGCACUGCAGGACCAGGUUUUAAAAAGAUCCAAGAGAGGAUUCACUUAUCCGGGGACCCUGUGGUGUGGAGCUGGAAACAUGGCUGACAAUUACGACCAGUUGGGAGAGUUUGCAGAGACGGAUAGCUGCUGCCGUAUCCAUGACCACUGUCCGCAUGUCAUCCACGCCUUCUCCUCUAAAUACGGCUACACUAACUUUAAGUGGCACUCUGUCUGUCAUUGUGACUGUGACAAUGCGUUGAAAGAUUGUCUAAGGGGGGUUAACGACACAUCCUCCAGAGUGGUUGGUCAGGCGUUCUUUAAUGUCAUCGGCGUGCCUUGCUUUGAGUUUGCUUACGAAGAGCAGUGUGCUGAGCGGCACUGGUAUGGCAUGUGCAAACGGUACCAGAAGUUUCCCAUUGCUGUGGUGAAAGAGGCGGUACCGUAUGACUUUGGUGGUAUUGACGUCAUUGAUGUGUUGACACUGGCUCCUCCCAUGACUGAAGAGUCUGAUAACCGCCCAGAAGAAAAGAAACCAGAGAGUACGACUCAGUCUUCCAUGUCAGGCCCCGAAGAGCCUUCACUCACAAAUGUUGUCACCGCUGCCGAGGACUUCAUUAAGGUUCUUGCUACAGUCUCCACCUCUCAAAGCUCCACCACCGACCCUGAUAAAGCAGAGACACAAAGCUCAGAGAAGAAGAAGAGGAAAAACACAGGAAAGAAGAAGAAGACCAAAAAGCAGAAAGGAAAAGGAAAAGGGAGGAAGAGAAAGCAAAAAGCAGAGGCAGGUGUUAAAGUAGAGGAAGGAGCUGUAGUGUCCACCUCUGGCAACAAAGCAGAAGAUGCCAUUUCUCUGAGUAACUUCAUCAGGGAGUCUCACAAACACAACCCAUCCAGUAGAAACACAAACGGCGUCAAAGACAGGGAAUAUGAGCUUGGAGAAAGAGAUGAGCCCUCUAAUGAAGUCAUGAAAGAUGAACCAGCAAUGGGAGAGCCUGUUCCCAUAACGACAACUACAACAGUGGAGGAGAAACCAGCAAGAUUAGACUCUGAAGCGCUGACAGAGUCUACAGAACAAAUCCCUUCUCCUACAAGCACCACAACAGUAGUUCCACAGAAAGCAAAAACCAAAAGGCUAAGAAAAGGGAGGCGAAAAAAGGGCAAGGAAAUUCUUCCUCCUGAGAAGCUUGUUACUAACACAACAGAUGACUCAAAAACCACUUCUGUCCCUGCCACCAUUACCAUAGUCCCAACAGCAAGGCCUGAAAAACAAAGCACUGCGAGUGACACUGAGAAGCGACCUGUUUUCAGCAUUGCCAGGACGCCCAUUGUAAUCCCCAAAGUCAAAAGAAACAGGUCAAAGGAGAGAGGAGACAGAGAAGGAAGGAAAAAAAGGAGGAAAGUCAGCUCGGCUUCUCCCAUUGUGGCCAUCGCCCAUGAAAAUUCCUCUAUGGACAAUCUGAAAGUGAUCCCUCUCACAGGGACUCCCAUCAUGCCCUUGCUGCCCACAACAGAGCAGCAGGUUUCACACAAGCUUGACUUUCAUGCAGGACAGAUGAGUGUCCAAGUUACAGCUCUGAACUCCUCCUAUAGUGUUUUAAAAAGGCAAAAGUUGAAAGGAAGAGGGCUGAGAAGCAGAAGGAGGAAGACAGUUUUGCCUCAGCAAAGUGACAAUCCACUUUUCCACAACAGCUAUGACAAUGUGCUUCCAGUUCUUCCUGCUCCAGGGACAAGCAAAGCACUGGACAUCCCAGCAUCUACUGCUACGAUUAGCAGGCCCAAAGAAGUAACAGGAACUCACAAUGAAUGGAGGCUUUCUACUACUACAGUGGCCCCAUCUGUCAUUACAAAAACACACAAGCAGACAUUCAGAAAGCAGAGAAAGCCAAGAAAAAAAGCCUUGCCCACUUCUCCCAGUGAUGGCAUGUCUUUGCCUAAACAAACUGAACAAACACCAAUGACAUUUACAACCACCCCAUCCAAAGUCACCACCGCCGUAGAGCUGCACCUGCCAACAAUGGAAAAGCCCUACAAGUCCACCUUAGCAACUCCCAUUAUGAGUCCACUUCAGUUAUCUAUUGAGAAAGCAAAAGCACAAUUCAGCAGGAAGAAGAGAAGGAAAGCAGCACUGACCGCUAGACAACCAUGAGCCAUGAUGCGCUGCACAGCAGGAUAGGCUAAACAAACAAGCUUAGCUGAUGAGGCUAGCUCCUGUUGAUCACAUAAACUUGCAAUAUAUGAGUUACAUUUACAGUGUAAUCUUUUAAGGUUCAGAGUUUUAAUCACAUUAAAUGAACAGAAAUCAUAUUUGAAUGUGAUGUGAGAAUCAUGUUUAAACUGUAUGCUGCAUGUCUACAAUAAAAUUGUGAAUGAU